CGGACGAACUAGUUCGCUUAAACGGUAGCAGGAUAUUAUACACAGCGGCUGGUCCGCUGUAAAUUGUGACAUUUUUAUUUUAUUUUUGUGUAUUAUAUGUGUUAAAUCUUGAUGAAAAAUGGCACCAGGUCCAAUAGAAGAGCUGGCUCUUUUAGACUUGGAGAGGUCGAACAAAGGGGCCUCAAAACAGCGUAGAGAUCAAAUCAAUGGAGAGAUAGGGACAAUGAGGGACUUACUUCCCCUGCCGGAGUCGGCAAGACAAAGACUCUCCCAACUGCAAAUUAUGUCCCUCAGUUGUGUCUACAUAAGGAAAUGUAAUAUACUACAGAAAAUGCUCCCUACAAAUCGUUGCUCAAUUGAAGUGCCUUGCGAAUUUUCGUCGGCACUGACGGGGUUCAUUCUUGUAACAACACGGGAUGGAAAGCUGGUCUACAUUUCGGAAAAUGUUACGGAAUACCUCGGACAUUCGAUGGUUGACAUGAAGACACAGGGUGAUAGUCUUUUUGACAUUGUGGACAAACGAGACCAUGGCACUGUGCAGGCACAGUUGCUACAUGGUGUUGCUACCACUGAAGGCCACCAAAACAGAAAGAUCUCGUUCUUCUGUCGCAUGAAUAUGUCCAGAACACUCAAAAGACAGGGAGGAUUUGGAGACGUUAAGGUCAUGCAUGUGAAAGGUCAUUUCGUGCCAGUAGGCCAGAAAGAGGCUGGUGUUCCCGAGCAGUACGUGUUUAUGGCGCUCUGUACACCGUUGAUCACUCCAGACGUUAAAGAAAGUCUCAUCCAAAACAACACCACAGUGUUCAGGAGUGUACACAAACUUGACAUGUCCUUCAUUGAAAUGACAGAAACGGGAGAGUUUCAUCUUGGCAUAAGGAAUGAUCAGAUUGAAAAUAAGUCGUGGUAUUCUAUGCUUCAUCCUGAAGAUCUAACAGAAGCAAGGGCAAAACAUAUUCAGUUGAUAAAAUCUCGCCAUGAGAUGGGAUGUAUGAUGACAGUGCGCAUGCUCACAAAUACAAAUGAGGUCAUCUGGGUCAACAUUGUGAUGCAUGUUAGACAGGCGCUUGUUUCCAACAGUGACGAUCCUGUUAUCGUCUGCAUUAAUCAAGUUGUCAGUGAAGAAGAGGCGAAACAAUUUAAGAUUCAAGGUCAGCUGUUUGCCUUGUAUGCCGCAAGGGCACCGGAUAUAUUCUUUGGUGGACAUCAUUUCCACCACUUCCAACAAAUGGUCGAUCCAGAAAUGUUAGGUCGUCACCAAGCACAGGCAUUUAUGCAACAACAACAUCCUCAACAGGCGUACUACCCUGAUCAGCAAAGAUACCAGUUCGGAACUCCUCGGCCUAGUUCUAGUGACUAUCCACAACAGCAACAACACAAGUACGGUCUUUCUGGCCUUGAUGACAUGGGUCAGCAACCGCCACACGGACACACGAGCACAAUAAAAGCACUUAAAAGAAAGCUGCAAGAAAACUUCAUUUCCUCAUGCAAGCCAAACAAAAUCCCAAGGGUCGUUUCAAGCGAAAGUCCAGAGGGACGAUUCCCAGAUUUCUCAUCUGGUCAGACACAUUACGUGAUGAACGUAAACGUUUUCAGAAGCAACACGAAUGACGUGCUGAACGCUGAUAAUGGCAUUCCAGUUUACGGCGGCGAUACCUUACCAAUGGUCUACCAAUCUGCUCCUAUUGACCCAGUUCAUGCUAUCAGACAGAAGAAGGCCAUGCUGGUAAAUGCUAUUGCUCCUGUUGGAACACCAGCAGUUGUGCAGAAACUGGCCCCAACUUGCACUCUGGAGCAAGUAGUCCCCGAGAUCUCCAUACCAGAUUGUUACCUAACUCCGGAUCCAUCGCCGGCAAAUUCUCCGAAGCCAUUGAUCUCAGCAGCCCCAGUGAAACAAGAAACACAGGAAAUAAAGCAGCUAACGUCAUACGUCAUGGGCAGACUGAACGAACUGAAGCAGAACCAGACCAUUUCUGAGACGCCGGUCACAAAACAAACAAACGUUGCGUCAAACAAAAAGAAGAACUUGCCAGUUAUCGAUGCUACGUUUGUUGACUCUUUCUUCGACGAUCUUCGACCAACAGUGAAAGAGACCUAUAUUCAAAUCAAAUUGGAGCCCCGCUCUCCAGAACCAGCCAUACAAAGUGCAGUCGAAAAACAACGCGUGCCAGCACAGAGUCUCAUAAUGACGUCACAAUCACCUCCCCCAGUCAUGCAGCGUUUGCCGCAAGGUACAUGCAACAUCAAAGAGGAGCUUACUCUUGAAGAAUGUACCGAUCUCGAAGAGUUGUUGGGACUUGUUGAUACCGCUGGUCCGGAUACCAACAUGUUGUCUCCAGCAUACUCUAUCGAGUCGAUCUCCCCAGUUGCAUCACCACAAUCACAUACAGGCAGCGUGGCUGAAUCAUCCCCUGUAUCAUGCUCAUUUGAUUCAACUCCUUGCCUCAAACAGAACUCACUGGACCGGAUGUAUAGCGAGAUGAGUCCGGGUUCCACAUCACCAGGCUACGAAGGUCGAGAUGAUAUCCUAGAACCCGAUAGCUGGUUACUCGAACCGAUCAGUAUGUCGCUGGAUAUGUCGCUGGCCGACAUCGAGACCAUGCCUUGUGAACUGAAGAUUAACGAGGAGGAUGAACUCUUUCAUCUAAAGAAACUCCUGCAGCAAUCUUGGGAACCAUGUGGUACCCAAAGUUCCAAAUCUCAUAAAACCACCCAGUAGGCUUCCUGUGUAAGUGUUACUUACAAUCAUUUUUGUGUAUGGCAUAUUGCCAUGUCGUCAUUUUGGAGCGUCCCUGUUGACUCCUGCUGGCCAGGAAACAGUCAAGCCAACGCUUCUGAUGGUGUCCUGGUUUACUUCCUGUUCUGCGGGCAGAAGAGGAUAGACACCCUCCCUGUUAAUAGCUCUCAUACGUCACCAUCAUCACACUCAUCCUCACCAAAGACGUCAGAUACUUUCGGCGGGAAAUCGGUUAAUUUAAACAUUUGAUCAUGCUGGUUCAUGAAAAUUUUACUUAUGCGCGGGACGUAUUUUAAGCCAGUUAGCAUAUUAUAGGGGCAGUACGAGAAGUUUUUUCUCUGAAGUGAUAUUGUGAAGAAAAAACAGUUUACAAAAAGAUAUGUGCUUUAUAUAAAGUGUGCCUUUGCAGCGAACUAUGUAAUAAGACGAUGUGUAGAUGUGCUGGCUUUACAAGCCAGCAAAGAGUAAAGAAAUGUGUUUAGUACUUUUUCAAUGAUAGCGUAUUUUACGUUGUGCUUAGAUUGAAUAGGUCUAAUUACUGUAAAUAUCCGUGUAUUGUAGCUUAAUUAUCUAACGCUGGAGUAUGAUACUUGAUUUAAAUUUACUUUGUUUUAUUACUUUCUUACCGGAACUUCAUUUUUGGCGCUGGUCGCCGUUUAUUAAGUAGUUAGGUUAUAUAAUCAUUCGUAGUGUUUUGUGUUUGGUGUUUAGCAGUGGUGUUUUUCAUUAACUUUUCAUUAUUUGCGAGCACUUCUAUUUAGGACAUUCUGAUGGAUUUGUGUUUUUGUUUCUGUCGAAUUGUUUCUUCACUGCUGGUCGGUGGGGAAAUGAAGUUGAUUGCCGACUGCAUGAUUGCAAUAUCCAGGCACAUGAAUGUUUAAGACUUGCAUUUUAAUGUUAGCAUGUGUGCUUUUUAGGGAGAAUUUUGACAUUUUCAAUAACUCAAUGUGUAUUUGCUGGCCAAGUGCACGAGUCGUUUAUCCAACCGUUGUGUUUGCUGUUAAUGCUUCAUGUGUUUGUUAUUCAUACUUUGUGUUUAGCAUUUGUGUGUUUAUGUAUAUUUUCGGCAUAAAUUGGAGAGGCGUUACAAUUUGGACAGGCAUAAUUGCAAACGAAAAGCUUUUCUAAUUUCGCGUUAUCCAUAGCUUUUUAAUUUCGCAAGGUGAUAUAUUAAGUUAUAUUAACCGCUGGUCGGUAAGCGUUUGUGUAUAUUAAAUUACAAAACCUUUUAGUUUCCUAUGCAUUGACCCUUCGAUGAGCUUUUGUUUCUUUUAUAACGGCCGGUCCAGGUAAAGGAUUACAAAUGUUCUGAAGAAGGACGUUAUCAAGUACCGAUAUUUCGGGGGUGGGGGUGGUGGGGUUUAGGUUUUGUCGCGGGUCGGCAUUACACUAUAACAAAAUAGUUGAAACGAUUUGCAGAGGAAAUUAAUAUGGUUUGAUUAAUCAAACAUCAAAAAGUAUUACUAUCAUUGACCAAACAAACUGAAUGUUACAACUGGAUUUGAAAUCACUUACCCGAUACAGAGGGGCUGGACCGCUUUGUAUGCAAGGAAAGGGAGAUGUCCAGUAGAAGACGUCAGUACUUUGUAACAGACAAAAUGGCGCUAUCUGUUUGACCGCGUUAAAAUGGGUUUCGUGUUUUCAAUUUGUCGAUAAUUUCCUACAAAGCUUUUUUAAAGAAAAAACCGCCGCUGGUCGGCAGCUGUUGUGGGGGAUGGUCUACCUUGUUAACGCGCUCUCCGUUCAAUAUGAUGCUUUAAUUUACUUCUGUGUUUAUAAGCUUUAAUCCAGCGAGAUUUUCAAAGUAUCUUUCGUUUGCACAUAUUUUUGUUCUGAUUUUCUUUAAGCACGUGUAAGUUCUAUUUUUGCAAUUAAUUUAGUAAAUUGCUGGACAUUUUGCACGAAUUAGCAAGGGUAUACUUACACGCAUGCGUACCCAUAUUAGGCUUGUCUCCGUAGUCUGUGUUUCUAAAAAAAAGACCGCUGGACGGCUAUGCGGGAUACAGAUCACGGAAACACGUGAUGUUCCUAACUGGUGUAAAGUUUCAGAAAGAUGAGUUAUUUUCGCAGGUCGAAAACUGUUCUGUGACUUGGCGCUAACUGUGUGAACGUCUCUACUUGGCGAAAUCGUAAAAAUAAUGAACGCCAUUGUCCAAAGUAUAACCUCUCCAAUUUUAUUACACCUUUCGUCCAGAUACGUGUCAGUUUUGUUUGAAGUGAGGAAAUUAAUUAGACACUUGUGGUAAAAACUAUCAUAUAACUUAUAGCAGAAAUAAAAUAUGACAACUUCAGAAUAACACCUAUGUGUAAUUUUAAUUUAAGCUUGUGAAUUACAAACAGCAAAUUAUGCAACUUGGGUGUGUAAUUUAUGUCUACUGACGUAUAUUAGUUUUAAGAUAAAUGACUUAGUCGACAUUUAAUUAGUAUAUUUUACACAUGUGUGGAGAUCAGCUUUAUAAUUUCCAAAUAUUCAUUAUACCAAAUGCUUUUUAAACUUACACAUGUUUUUUCUUGGUUUUCUUAUUUGAAUUUACAUAAUCUUUGAAUGUUUCAAUCCGCUUAAUAAAGAUCUAUCAGAAUU